GUCAAGGUGCGUCAUGUUACGCUAGUACUUUUUGUUCGAUAUGUCAAUAACCUACGAAUUGCAAGAAUGCCGUCUUUUACGUAUCAGCUCUGAGACAUCACGUACUAAUCCACCGGUGCGAACUUGAAUCCUUCAAGUGAUACCUUCAAAUCGUCCAUAUAGUGCAAAACCUGGCCCCGCCCAUCGCCUCACAGCGCCUCGAUGGGUGCUUCGCACGAAAGUUGAUGCUCAAAUCAAGCCGCAUCUGGCGCUUAAUCACCACCUCCACAAUAUUAACCGAUUGGUCAAGGAAGUUAUGUACAUACGUCAUUUAAAUGGAACCCGCGCUGAUCCCAUUCUUGUUUUCUGAAGGUUUGUGUCAUACACAACCACCGUACCGAACAUUAUGCGUGCAUAUAAAAACCUUACCUUGGCCUGGUGCACACCUAGUCGAACUUCCUUCGUCUUCGUUACUACCUCAUAUCGCGACCCACCCACACUCGUUUAAUAUGUUCAACAAGUCCGUUCUCUUGAUCGUCAUCUCUGCUGCUUUCGCAGUUGCCCUUCCCACCGGCUCCAUUACCAAGGGUCCUAGUACCCUACAUCGCAUCCACGACCUCGGCGCCAGUAUCUCCGGCGUUCUUGACGUCAAAACACCAUCCACAAACCACGCCGGCAUCGCUGAUGUACAUGAGGUUCGCGAAGUAGCCCAUCCUUCCUUCCAGCUUCCCCAAGUAGAGAAGGAGAAGGAACCCACAGUUCCCAAGGGUACUCUCAGCGUCCCUGCCGUCCCUCAGGAUGGGUCUCUUGUCACAGACGAGCUCCCCGAGGUUGAUGCCUCCACCGCCUCAGUGCUCAAGAAUCCCGCUGACGAAUUGCCCAAGAUUCUUCGCAGCAUCAUUCCCUCGCCGCCGCAUAAGAGCGUAGACAAGUUGGAGAAGGAUAAGUUGGAGACACCCGAUGCCUCCACACCCAAGCCCCCCAGUAGUCCAGCAUCCAUUUCCUCGUACGCUCGCACUCAACCUAACAACGCAACGCCCAAGGACCCCGACGUAUCUCGCAUACAGUCUGCAGUUGGGGAUGCCGGCAAGAUAGCCGUAACUAAAGCUCACAAAGACUUGAAUUCGCUUGCAACCAAUGCUGCAAAGGGCCUGGAACGUGCCUCGCCUCCCAAUGUCAAGCCACCAUCUCUGGCGCGUCGCGCUGAGUCGUGUGACUCUGACUACACCUUGACCUACUGCAAGAAGGUUUUGCAGUCGGGUGACAGUUCCAUCCCGAAGCUGCUCCAGACCGUAAAUGUGGACACCUCUGUUACUGGCCCCGUAGGCCUGUCCUGCUCGGGUGCAAAGACAGCUGACUACGUCUACCCCCUUUGCAGCAAGAAGUUGGACGUGCCAGGUCUGGCCCUCGACUGUGUAGAUGUCAUUCUCAAUGACCCUUACCUAAGCCGGACAUGUGUACCUUCGAUUUGAACUUGAAGCCAAUCCAACCACCCAACUGGAACCGCUUUGCGUAGCAUAGUGUCUGAAUGUUUCUUACGAGCACUACUUAUUACUCACACUGAUUUACUACGCCGAUUCUGUCAUAUACCCAUACUUAAUGUUAUACCUUGGUCCAAUUCGGAAGUCAUCA